AUGGCUGACAACCAAGAAAGCUACACUGGAAAAGGCAAAGGCAAGGCCGUCGACCAAGACCUUGACAUUGACCUUGGAUCCCUCAGCUUCCCCUCCGAGGUGGAGACGACAAGUGCCAUCUUCCCCGCGGCAUUCUCGGUCCCGACCCAGCCCCUGGCCACAAAACCCAUCUUUCCCAGGGAGCCAACUGCCACUACCACUGGUACAACCACUGGCACAUCCACUGCCCAUCCGGUCCCCCCGAUCCGGCCCUUGAGUCCUGUCCAUCCGGCACCAAUGCCCCCGAUCCGGCCCUUGAGUCCUGUCCAUCCGGCACCGAUACCCACGAUCCGGCCCUUGAAUCCUGCCAGCCAGCCCUGGAAUCCUCCGAGCCAGGCUUGGAAUUCCUACCCCCCCACCGGAAUCUAUCAAGCAGGCCAAAAUCCCUAUCAUGCAGGAAUGGUCCCACAUGGGAGACUCGACAAAGGCAAAGGCAAAGAGAGAGAGGUGUUCCCACCGUAUUCGUACAUCGAGUACCCUUCUCCAUUCCAAUCUUUUGAGGAGGUGCAAGUCAGACGCAGUCAAUCAGGCGGUGUGCUUGGGUACACUUUUGACUACGGAGAACAACAGGUGUUCUCGGCGGACAAGAUGUGGGUUGAAACCAGACAGCAGGGCACCGUCUUUCUCGUCAACACAGGAUGGCCAGUCUUUAUCAAGCUUGGGCGUGGCGGAUGA